AGAUCGGAGAGAAGAGCGUUUGUCAUUGACUUCCCCCUUCCCCGCCAUGAGCGUCUCCCUUUCGACAGCAGAGGAGACAAACUUCGAAGGAGUCGCCGCGUCCCGCGAUGGCAGCGAGACGCCCAACACGGCGAGCAGCGGCUCCUCGAACGAGCGGAUCAGGCGGUACAAGUGGAAUGGGCUGACGACGGCGGAGGAGCGAGAGACAGCGAAGGCGCUUAGGGUAGCGCGCGAGCUGAGAAAAUCCUCGUCGAUUGUGAACAAGUACAAUGAGGAGAGAAUGGAGCUGAAGCGGCAGCUGGAGGAGGAAAACGAGAGGAAGUACAAGGCGAAGGAGCUGCAGAAGAAGGAGAUGCUGCUCAAGUGGAGCAAGAAACUUGACAAGUCGAGCUUCCUCAUCGACCAGGUGGCGGAGAGCGAGAGGAUCGACGAGGAGCAGCGGGUGAAGCUAGAGGAGGAGGCGAGGAGAGCGAAGCUGUUCGAGGAGAGGAAGCAGAAGAUCAAGACCGAGAUCAUCCUGAAGGCGCUGGCGGAGAGCAACGACUUGGAGCAGCUGCGGCAAGAGAAGCGACUGAUACAGGAGGAGGAGAAGAGGUUGAGGAUUCAGCAGGGGCUAGAGAAGAGGGGGGCGGCGGACAAGAGGGCGGAGAAAAUGCGGGAGAUGCAGGAGGAGAGGAGGAGGAAGAACGAGCAGCAGUUCAUGCAGCAGAGGAACCGGUUGGCAAUGCAACAGGCGGAAGAGGAGCGGAGAAGGGAGGCAAUCCUUAUGAAGAUGCAGAUGAAAUAUGGAGAGAUUCCAGGGGAACCGAAGAUAGUGGCUCCAGGAGGCAGGAAUGACCGCAUGUAA